AAAGGGCGCGCCUUCGCUUCUCCUUCGAUGCCGGCCCGGCUGCCGUUGAGUACGAUGCCAUGACAAGGUUAGCAAAUGUUUACAUGGUUGCAAGGAGUCAACACAAGGUUCACAGGGCCGCAAGGCUGCUUCGAAUCUGGAAGCCCUUCACUUGUCUCACAUUCACCGGUUUGCGGAUGCACAGUCGCACAAUCUGAUUCGGGGCCCCCCACCGCCACCGCCCGUCCAUAUCUCGCACCCUGCCAGCCUGCUUGCUGACUUCCUCUCCCUUCCUUAGAAGUUCUGUCAUGACCGACCACGACCACGGUCUUGGUCUCUCCGGUUUGCGACGCAUUCGACAGCAACCACCUCCCCUCCGUACCGGCACUCUGCCCUCAGCACCCGGAAGUCGGAAACCUUCCUUCGGGUCGGCCAUUACCAGAUCUGCCUCCGUCUCAACCAUGCUGGAUGUGCACAACAACUCGAUACCCUUACAUUCGGUCCCCAAUUCGCCAAGCAUAGCCUUCACCGAAGACCUCAGCCGCUUCCCUUCCGAAUCCCUCCACUCCUUCUCCUUCGCCCACCAGUCUGAAGACUUGAUACACAACCGCCAAAACGUUCUGAAGAGGUCUAUCGAGUUUAUGAAGGAUCGCAUGGGGUGGUCAGUGGCGUCCAAUACCGCCAAUGCGGCUCUUGCUAGUGCGCAAGCACGAGUAACAGGCGACGUCGAGACUCAAAACAUGUUGGACUUGUUGGCACGGGCACAGCUGGUGGGAGCUGGGAGCCUCCCCAACGGUGCUGUGACCUUGUCUACGGGGCCUCUUACCGGACCGGCCGAGCUGUCAGGGGAGAACAUCUUCGACAAACAGUUUAUGGUACCCAGGGUCGCGAGUCCAGAGCCACUCGAGGACGACGACAGCAUAGCGCCAGAAUCACCGGCCUCUCAGAAGACUAUUGGAGCGACAAAACGUCAAAAGGAAAUAGACACGUCCCGGCCAGCAAAGUUCAGCCUCGGCAACGACUCCGAACACUCAUCCAGGAGUACAACCAACGAGAGCGGUACUACUGCGCAGACAUCGCCAUCAACCUCUCUGCGUCCAGGCUUCUUGAAGCGAACCAUGACCGAUACGGAGCAUGCGCAGAUGCAGCAGAAGCUCAUGGAUGUCAUGGCGACACCUUUUCUUGCCGUCGAAUCCGGUCCACAAGACCACCUGUCUUCCCCCGCCCGACAGUCAUUCUCGAGCAUUUCGAGUCAGCCACCUGCAAUCUCAUCCGCCGUCCAUGGUCACUCGACAAGGUGGGCACCCGCUGCCCAAGCCAUCUUUACUACCGAGUCGAAGCCCCCCUGGACGAUUCUUGCCGCCAACGAUCUUGCGUGCCUUUUGUUUGGAGUCACCAAAGCCGAGGUCAGGAAGAUGGGAAUUCUAGAAGUCGUGCAGGGGGAAAGGAGGGCGUGGCUGGAGCGAAAGUUACUUCAGGGAUCAUCCGACGACGCUGGUGACGGAUCGGAGAGCGAGAUCGUUAAGCCAGUCUCCCCUCCACCCAUGUCCAGUAUCCUAGGAUCCCGUGGCGGAGGAAUAACCGCGAAGCUCCUAAGCAAGCCCAACUCCCGAAACCAACCCCCAAAAAGCAACGCCGGUAGAAGAGCAGCGACGAUUCACAAUGGCGACCCGAAACCACCAAAACCAGGACAAGGUCAUCACCCUGCGUCCCAGUCGAGGGGCGUAUUGCUUUGCGGCGAUGUGGUACCAAUUCAGAAACGCAAUGGCGCGACGGGUUCGGCCAGUCUCUGGGUCAAGGAGAAAAAAGUGGGUCUGAUUUGGGUUCUUGAAGAGAUCCAUGAGGACGUUGCGUAUUUGACGCUGGAUGAGGAGGGCAUCGUCCUCAAGCUUUCUGGAGCUCUCGGUCCAAUUUGGGGCGAUGAGAACUUGAAGCCCGGUAUGGAUGUGGGCAAACUAAUACCUCGCAUUCCCCGCCAAGGUUUCGACCCACGCACUGGAGAUAUUGAUUACGCACAGAUUGCGAAGCGAAGAUAUUACACUUGCCGCAACUCUGACAAAAUCAACAUCCCAGCAACGAUUGACCAAGUCAGGGGUCAGUCCGAACUGCGAGUAGCAAGUUUCCCGCAUAUCGCCGGUAUUGUGGUUGUCGAUCCUCAGACCUUUACCAUCAAGAGCUCGAAUUCGGUCUUCUGCGGUGCACUCUUCGGCCACGAAAAGCCCGAUGGAUUGCCUAUCAGUCAUCUCGUUCCGGACUUUGCAGGUGUAAUACGCAUUCUAACGGACGAAGAUGGCAUCGACCUGGUAGACGGUAUCGUUGUACCCGAACACUCCUUCCGAAAAGCUGCAGCGUUCCUUGCAUUGAAAGAAGGACGUCCGGAUGCUGCAACAAGUCUACUGCGCCCCGAAGGACUUCCUGCAAAGCAUCGUGAUGGGUCUGAGCUCAAGAUCGAUAUUCAAAUGCGGGUUGUAAAGAGCGAAAAGCAAACGCAGAUAUCGGAUCAAGCAAUCGUCGAAGAAAGUGAGGAUGAAGAGUCAGUGUCCGGCGCGGACAUGACGGACAGUUUCACCGUUUCUCAGUCCGAACUUGUUUAUGCACUUUGGAUUACCUAUUCACGGCACCUUCACGCCACCAAAAAUAAUCUGGGUUCCGCAUCGCCCUUGUUAUCUGGAACAGCAACUCCACUACAUCAACCUUCACCCGGACAAACUCCCGCCCAUACCCCUCCGAAAAUGGAUUCCGACUCGAGCUCGGAAUCAGAAUCGGAGACUCCAAGCCAGCGAAGGGAAUCCGCAACCUCACUCAUCACCCGCCAGCUGAAGGAAGUCGCAAUGACAGCUGCUGCCAAGCUCACGGGCACACCAAAGGCCGUCGAGCCCAAAAAGGAAGACAUUCAGACGCCAAAGCCGGUGGAGCCUCCAACGAAGAAAACAAUCGACGACUUUGUGAUUCUGGAAGACAUGGGUCAGGGUGCCUACGGUCAGGUGAAGCUGGCUCGGUACAAGAACAGCGGCAAGAAGUGCGUGUUGAAGUACGUCACCAAGAAACGCAUUCUCGUCGACACCUGGACGCGCGACAGAAGACUCGGCACCGUGCCUCUGGAGAUCCACGUUCUCGACUUCCUGCGAAGGGAAGGAUUCAAGCACCCCAACAUCGUCGAAAUGGAAGACUUCUUCGAGGACGACAUCAACUACUACAUCGAGAUGGUCCCCCAUGGGCUGCCCGGCAUGGAUCUUUUCGACUAUAUUGAGCUUCGCACGAACAUGGAGGAGCAAGAGUGUCGUAGCAUUUUCGUACAGGUCGUACGCGCCAUCCACCAUCUGCACACCAAGGCGCUGGUCGUCCACCGCGACAUCAAGGACGAGAAUGUCAUUCUGGACGGAGAGGGACAGGUCAAGUUGAUCGAUUUUGGAAGCGCGGCGUACAUCAAGAGCGGACCCUUUGAUGUGUUUGUGGGUACCAUUGAUUACGCCGCCCCUGAGGUCCUCGCCGGCAAGCCCUACGGCGGCAAGGAACAGGACAUCUGGGCCCUCGGCAUCCUCCUCUACACCAUCAUCUACAAGGAGAACCCCUUCUACAGUAUCGACGAGAUCAUGGAUCGCGACCUGCGCGUCCCUUACGUCAUCAGCGACGAGAGUAUCGACUUGAUACGGAAGAUGCUCGAUCGCGAUGUCUCGAAGCGGUUGACAAUCGAGGAGGUCUUGGCGCAUCCUUGGUGUAAUAUGGAGGAUGAUUAGGGUCCGGAUUCUGUUCGCGCGUUAAGUCAAGGGAGAAAAGCGUAGACGGG